AUGGUUGAAUUAAGAGAUUUGAUUUUAGAUAAUGGUCUUCGCUGUAUUGGCGACGCAGAAUCUGAACUAUAUGCCGAGUUAACGAAGAAAUCGCAGGCGGCUACUCCUUGGGCAUAUCAGAAACAGUAUGGUAAGUUUGUGACUUACCUGAUCGUUGUCGUAAUCUUUGUGUGUUUUAUCAAGAAGCUGGUAAUUAGGUAUUACGAUUCAAGCGAAGAAUUUCUUCCGGAUAAGAACAAUUCAGUGGUAACUCUUCCUUUAUUUCUAUCUCGAAUCGGGAAAAAGCUCGCUGCACUCAACAGAUGUAUUUGCUAUAGGAGAUUCCCGACGUUCAUUUUUUCUAGCUUGGGUAUUCCAACCUCUGUAGGCACUCUCAUGGUUGUGCUAGCUGUUACUUUAUAUACGCUUCUGUAUUGCUUCGUUCCACAUCCGUUUUACAGGCCCUGUGCUGGAUUUGGCUCACCGCCUCUUUCUAUUCGUGCAGGUAUUAUGGCAGUGUCGUUUGUGCCAUUUUUAUUUGCUCUUUCCGGAAAAGUCAACGUUAUAGGUUGGUUGGUUGGUCUCUCCUAUGAGAAAAUUAACAUAUACCAUCAAUGGACGUCCAUUCUAUGUUUGUUUCUUGGUUGGGUGCAUGUCAUUCCCUUUUUACGUCAAGCCCAUCAUGAGGGCGGUGCUGAAGGAAUGCAUCAACAAUGGAAAACAGAUGAAAUGUGGAGAACUGGUGUUCCGCCCCUCUUAUUUUUGAACUUGCUGUGGUUAUUUUCGUUGUCUGUUGUCAGGAGAUACGUUUAUGAGCUUUUUUUACAAGUUCAUUGGAUUUUAGCCGUUGGAUUCUACAUUAGUCUUUUCUACCACAUUUAUCCUGAAUUGAAUGCUCAUAUGUAUUUGGUCGCUACGAUCGUAGUGUGGUUUGUACAAUUGCUUUACAGAUUGGUUGUAAAGGGUUAUCUCAGGCCUGGUAGAAGCUUUAUGGCUUCUAGCACUGCAAAUGUCACUGUGGUUGGUGAAGGAUGUGUGGAAUUGAUCGUUAAAGAUGUGGACAUGGUCUAUUCACCAGGGCAACAUAUAUUCGUAAGAACAACGGAUAAGGACGUUAUUUCAAAUCAUCCAUUUUCUAUCUUCCCCAGUGCAAAAUAUCCUGGUGGAAUAAAGAUGUUGAUCAGGGCUCAAAAAGGCUUCACCAGAAGCCUGUACAAAAGCCAGGAUGAGACCAAAAAAAUUCUUAUUGAUGGCCCUUAUGGCGGAAUCGAAAGAGAUGUUAGAAGCUUCACCAAUUUAUAUUUGAUCUGUUCCGGUUCAGGUAUAUCUACAUGCUUGCCAUUCCUGCAACGAUACGGCCCCUUGUUGCAUAAGACCAACUUGGAAAAUAUCAGGUUGGACUGGAUAGUAAGACACAGAGAGGAUGUAUCAUGGAUCGACGACGAAAUUCGUACUCUUUUGGUCGAUUUACGCACGUUGUUCUUGAGUGGGAACGUUGUAUUUAGAAUUUACGUGUGUUCCAGCUCAGACACUAUCAAAACUCUUGCACAACCUACGAAAAUUGCCGGCAGUGAAUCCGAUAUGGCUAAUAAAGAAGGUGCUGAUUUUAACCAAAAUGACACUGAGUCUGUUUUAACUUUAAACAAAUCUGGCAACGAGUUUGGGGAGCUUAUUACCGUUACCUAUUGCAAGCCUGAAUUAAAUCAGGUCAUACAUGACUAUCAAAUCGGAUCCAAGAAUUGUUUUAUUUGUUCAGGUUCUGACAGCUUAAGAUGUGCCGUGGGAAAUUCUGUGGCAAGGUUACAAGCCAAAGUCUUCUCUAGCAAAAGUGUUGAAGAAUGCUAUUUGCAUAGUGAAAGUUUUGGUUAUUGA